UCGGAAGUCAGGCGGGACCUACAGCUUCCCGCCCGUCGCUGGCCCUGAGGCUUUUUCGCCUUUUCAAACCCUGCCUCUUCCUCACGGCCCAGGCUAGGGCAGGGCAGCGCGCCCCCGGGGAGGGGCGGAGCUGUAGAUAUGGUGUAAGAUAUUUCUUCAAGACUGGACAGCCGAGGACCUGUUAUUUCUGAUUAGCCUUAAGCAAACUUACAGCCAUAGAGAAACCUCACGGAGUUCCAUAUUUUGCUUUCUGCUUUAUACCUUUCCUGGUACAUAAGUUCAUCUUGCAGCCAUGUAUGGAAGUGCUCGCUCAGUUGGGAAGGCGGAACCGAGCAACCAGAGCCCUGGGCGUUCUCCUAGGCUUCCACGUUCCCCUCGCUUGGGUCAUCGUCGAACCAAUAGUACAGGAGGGAGUUCUGGAAGCAGUGUUGGAGGCGGCAGUGGGAAAACCCUUUCAAUGGAGAAUAUCCAGUCCUUAAAUGCUGCCUAUGCCACAUCUGGCCCUAUGUACCUAAGUGACCAUGAAAAUGUGGGUUCAGAAACACCUAAAAGCACCAUGACACUUGGCCGUUCUGGGGGUCGUCUGCCUUAUGGUGUGAGGAUGACUGCUAUGGGCAGUAGUCCCAAUAUAGCUAGCGGUGGGGUUGCUAGUGACACCAUAGCAUUUGGAGAGCAUCACCUCCCUCCUGUGAGUAUGGCAUCUACUGUUCCUCACUCUCUUCGUCAGGCAAGAGAUAACACAAUCAUGGAUCUUCAGACACAGUUGAAGGAAGUAUUAAGGGAAAACGAUCUAUUGCGAAAGGAUGUGGAAGUAAAGGAGAGCAAAUUAAGUUCUUCAAUGAAUAGUAUCAAGACCUUCUGGAGCCCAGAGCUGAAGAAAGAGCGAGCCCUCAGAAAAGAUGAAGCUUCCAAAAUCACUGUUUGGAAGGAACAGUAUAGAGUUGUGCAGGAGGAAAACCAGCACAUGCAAAUGACAAUUCAGGCUCUCCAGGAUGAAUUACGGAUCCAAAGGGACCUGAACCAGCUGUUUCAGCAAGAUAGUAGCAGUAGGACUGGUGAACCUUGUGUGGCAGAGCUGACGGAGGAGAAUUUCCAGAGACUACAUGCUGAACAUGAAAGACAGGCCAAAGAGCUGUUUCUCCUUCGGAAGACUCUGGAGGAAAUGGAACUGCGUAUUGAGACUCAGAAGCAAACCCUGAAUGCUCGGGAUGAAUCCAUCAAGAAGCUUCUGGAGAUGUUGCAAAGCAAAGGACUUUCUGCUAAGGCUACUGAAGAAGAUCAUGAGAGAACAAGACGACUGGCAGAGGCAGAGAUGCACGUCCACCACCUAGAAAGCCUUUUGGAGCAGAAGGAAAAAGAAAACAAUAUGUUGAGAGAGGAGAUGCAUCGGAGAUUUGAGAACGCCCCCGAUUCUGCCAAGACAAAAGCUCUGCAAACUGUUAUUGAAAUGAAGGAUUCAAAAAUUUCCUCUAUGGAGCGUGGUCUCCGAGACUUGGAAGAGGAAAUUCAGAUGCUGAAAUCGAAUGGGGCUUUGAGUACUGAAGAACGGGAGGAAGAAAUGAAGCAAAUGGAGGUCUAUCGGAGUCAUUCGAAAUUCAUGAAAAAUAAGGUAGAGCAACUGAAGGAGGAACUAAGUUCGAAAGAGGCUCAAGGGGAGGAGCUGAAAAAGAGAGCGGCUGGUCUUCAGGCUGAGAUUGGUCAGGUGAAACAGGAGCUCUCCAGAAAGGACACAGAACUACUAGCUCUACAGACAAAGCUAGAAACACUUACGAACCAGUUCUCGGACAGUAAGCAACACAUUGAAGUGCUGAAGGAGUCCUUGACUGCUAAGGAACAAAGAGCUGCCAUCCUGCAGACAGAGGUUGAUGCUCUCCGAUUGCGUUUGGAAGAGAAGGAAACUAUGCUGAAUAAGAAGACAAAACAAAUUCAGGACAUGGCCGAGGAGAAGGGAACACAGGCUGGGGAGAUACACGACCUCAAGGACAUGCUGGAUGUGAAGGAGCGGAAGGUGAAUGUUCUUCAGAAGAAGAUUGAAAAUCUUCAAGAGCAACUUAGAGAUAAGGAAAAGCAGAUGAGCAGCUUGAAAGAACGAGUCAGAUCCUUGCAGGCUGAUACCACCAACACCGACACUGCCUUGACAACUUUGGAGGAGGCCCUGGCAGAGAAGGAGCGGACCAUCGAACGCUUAAAGGAGCAGCGGGACAGAGAUGAGCGAGAGAAGCAAGAGGAAAUUGAUAACUACAAGAAAGAUCUUAAAGACUUGAAAGAAAAAGUCAGCCUACUGCAAAGCGACCUCUCAGAGAAAGAGGCUUCACUCUUGGAUCUGAAAGAGCAUGCUUCUUCCCUGGCUUCCUCAGGACUGAAGAAGGACUCACGGCUGAAGACACUAGAGAUUGCUUUGGAGCAGAAGAAGGAGGAAUGUCUGAAAAUGGAAUCACAGUUGAAAAAGGCACAUGAGGCAGCAUUGGAGGCCAGAGCUAGCCCAGAGAUGAGUGACCGCAUACAGCAAUUGGAGAGAGAGAUUGCCAGGUACAAAGAUGAAUCUAGCAAGGCCCAGGCAGAAGUUGACCGCCUCUUGGAAAUCUUGAAGGAGGUGGAAAAUGAGAAGAAUGACAAAGAUAAGAAGAUCGCUGAGUUGGAAAGUCUCACCUCAAGGCAAGUGAAAGACCAGAAUAAGAAGGUAGCAAAUCUGAAGCACAAGGAACAAGUAGAAAAGAAGAAGAGUGCGCAGAUGCUAGAGGAGGCUCGGCGCAGGGAGGACAGUCUCAAUGACAGCUCGGCACAGCUCCAGGACAAUCUCCGUAAGAAGGAUGACAGAAUUGAAGAGCUGGAAGAAGCACUAAGAGAGAGUGUACAGAUAACUGCAGAGCGAGAAAUGGUGCUAGCACAAGAGGAAUCAGCCAGGACCAAUGCUGAAAAACAGGUGGAGGAGUUGCUGAUGGCCAUGGAGAAGGUGAAGCAGGAACUCGAGUCCAUGAAAGCAAAGCUGUCCUCGACUCAACAGUCUCUGGCAGAAAAGGAAACUCACUUGACCAACCUUCGGGCAGAGAGAAGGAAACACUUGGAGGAAGUUCUGGAGAUGAAGCAAGAAGCUCUUCUGGCUGCCAUUAGUGAAAAAGAUGCCAAUAUAGCUCUUUUGGAGCUUUCUUCCUCUAAGAAAAAGACCCAAGAGGAAGUGGCUGCACUAAAGCGGGAGAAGGAUCGCCUGGUGCAGCAGCUCAAGCAGCAGACACAAAAUCGAAUGAAGCUAAUGGCCGACAACUAUGAGGACGACCACUUCAAAUGUUCUCAUUCCAAUCAAAGCAAUCAUAAACCCUCCCCAGACCAGAUCAUCCAGUCCCUCUUAGAACUUGACCAAAAUAGAAGCAAACUAAAAUUGUAUAUUGGACACCUGACAGCCCUCUGCCAUGACCGAGACCCCCUGAUCCUUCGUGGGCUCACUCCACCAGCUUCCUAUAACUUGGAUGAUGACCAGGCAACUUGGGAGAAUGAGCUGCAGAAGAUGACCCAGGAACAGCUUCAGAAUGAAUUAGAAAAAGGUGAGCGGGACAAUGCAGAACUGCAGGAGUUUGCCAAUGCCAUCCUCCAGAAGAUAGCAGACCAUUGCCCCGACAUCCUGGAGCAGGUGGUCAACGCAUUGGAAGAAUCAUCCUGACCCUGCUUCAUCGGGAGUGGCCAGCCCAGCAGCCCAAUACAGUGAACCUAGGAGCCAAGAAAAGCAAACUACGAGGACAGGCACACAGAAGCUUCUUGGCACUGUGCAAACACUACAGACUCCACCCUACCUUCAAGUGUGAUUCCAGCGCCAUUUCUACAUCUGUCAUCUGACUCUGCCUUUCUACUUUGGAUGUUGUUUCUAUACUUAUUUUGUGAUGUCCAGGGUGGGUAAGUGGCCAAGUCCCCACGAAGAACCACCAUCUAGUCAUCAGCAGUGGAGAACUCUGGAAGCCAGUGGCUCUGCCCUCACAGAGGAGCAUGGAGUGGGGAGCCUCAUACCUCCUGUUUUUGACGUGAGAACUAAAUCUGGAAUCUACUUGGAGUUCAACACACUGAGAGAAUGCUUCCCAUGGACAAGAGAGCUGAGUGUCCUAAUAUCACAACAGGUGCUUUCUCCUACAAGGAUUAAAAAAAAAAAUCUCAAAAAGAUACUAUUAGAAAAA